AUGGAUGUAGCAUUCGUUCUGGACACCUCUGGAAGUAUCGAGGAAAUCUACAGCAAACAAAUUCAUUGGACCGUUUCUCUAAGCGAUGCGUUACCAAUCUCUAAGGAUGCUGUACGACUCUCUACCAUACAGUAUGCUGGCUACCCGCUGACCGAAUUCAGUCUGGAUACUUAUAACGACAAAGGUGAAGUUGUAAAACAUCUUCAAGAGAUGUCGUUUCAGUCGGGAGUAACUAGGACAGGAUAUGCGUUGAGACGAGCCGAGGAUGAACUCUUCAACGAUGACAGAGGGGCAAGGAAGAAUGCUAGCAAAAUUGUCGCCCUUUUCACUGAUGGCUUAUCGAUAGAUGAUCCAGUGAAACCUUCUGAGCAUCUACGACUUCAAAGAGGAGUGAAAAUAUAUGUGGUAAGCGUGAAUGCCGAUGGAUUUGUGCCGGAAAUGCAACGUAUCGCCGGUGAAAGCGCGAACGUUUACGGGUGA